AAUAAUAAUUAUUAGUUAUAAUCAUGCCAAGACAAUGUUCAAUAGUUAAUUGUACCAAAAAUUAUUUAACAUCAACUUCAGAAGAAAAGCUUCAUGUUUACAUGUUUCCAAGUGACACACAAAAGUUACAAUAUUGGUUGUCAUAUAUUCCAAAUCCGUUUGAAAAAGUAACUUUAAAUAUAGGUGUGUGUGAAAAACACUGGCCACCAGGCUGCAAAAUGCUCAAGCCUUCUCGAUCAAAGUUUGAGGUUCCUAUUGAUCCCCCAUCUAUUUUUCCUGGAUGCACAUCUUCAAUGGUGCGCCAAACAAUCUCAACACAACCAAGAUCUACAAAUAUAAAUAAAGUUUCUUUAACAUUACGAAAUGCAAUACCUGAUGAAAUGGAUGAUUUCAAUCAAAUUGAUUUAAAUACAUUUUAUGAUGUUGUAAUAAUGUUGUCUGAAAUAAAAGAAAGAUAUCCUUAAUACUUUGCAAUCAUUGAAAAUUCAAAAGUCUUAUUGUUUGAUGUUUCUCGAUCAUGUCUACCUGAAACAAUAUUUUCUGUUGAAAUUAACUGUUAUUCACGUCAAGUUAAUAUUUAUUGUAGGCAUACAAAAGUUAACUGAUAUGACCUGCUCAGUUUUUCUCAUUGUCUUACUCGAUGGUCACAGCUUGAAGCUAUUGUCAAAAGAGUUUGUAUCUCUAGCCCUGAAAUAAAAGAUGAGGUAUUAAGUUUGAUUAGUCAAAUUGAAAAUACAUACAGUAACACUUCUGAAGAAAUUUUUUUCCUCAUUGAACAACUACGCCUCACCACUUAUUCUCUAAAUGGACUGCACUUUUCUACUUUAUGUAUACGUCGUGCACUUGAACUGUAUUUGUCCUCCAGAUGUUGUUAUCGACAUUUAAGAAGUCUGCUUUGUUUGCCCAGUCCAAAGUCCAGUCCAAAGACUCUCAUUUCAAAAUUAGGAAGAGUUGGAGAAGUUGGAAAUGAAAAAAAGUGCAAUAAUACAAUCAAUGUUGUUUUUGAAAAUUUUAAUAGUCCUGAAAAGCGUUGCUGCCUUCUCAUUGAUGAGAUGUAUAUUAAACCAAGUGUUAGUUUCAGAGGAGAACACCUCAUUGGAUAUAGUGAGGACAAUCCCACUAAAAUUGCAAAAAGGUUGUUUGUCUUUAUGAUUAAACCUAUGUUUGGUAAACCUUCUUUUGUUUUUAGAAUUGUACCAAUAUUUAAACUGUCAGUACACUUUCUUCAUGAUUUGAUUAUAAACAUAAAUAAACAAAUAAUUGAUGCAGGAGGAGAAUUACUGUGUCUUUUAUGAGAUAACCAUCCCACAAAUCGAAGUGUUUACCAAAGUUUCGUUGUUAAUAGAAGUUUUCCAUGGCAAGGUGUUAUAGAAAAAGAAAAACCAGUUAUUAUGGUACACGAUCCAGUUCACUUGUUUAAAAGUAUAAGAAAUAAUUGGUUUACGGAAAAAAUACAAACAAUUAGUUUAAAAAUUAAUAAUCAACCUCUCUCGGGUGAUUGGUCUCACAUUGUUCAAUUAUAUAACAGACAGAAAAUUUGUGUUGCCAAAACUACAAAGCUUUCAGGCAAGUCAGUGUACCCUAGUUUGAUUGAUAGGCAAUAUGUUGCAAACAUGGUUGCUGUAUUUAAUGAAAAAACUGUUGCAGCGUUGAGAUUAGCUGAUUUUGAGAACACUGCCUGUUUUUUAGCACCAAUUGUUUCAUUAUGGAACAUGCUAAAUGUAAAGAGGAAAAGUUGUGAUGUUUUACUUAAUGAUAUCAAUAGGUCUCCUUUCUAGACACUCGAUGACCUUAGAUUUAAAGAAAUUUUAGCAUUUGCUGAUGCAACUUCUAAGAUGUCAGAGGGAAAGAGAUUAAAGCGUCAUAAUACUUUUACACCAGAAACAAAACAUGCUUUAGUUAACACCCUACAAGGAUUGGUAGAAUUAAUAAAAAAACUGCCUUCAAAAGAUCACCAAAUUUUGUAGAUUUGAAAUCUAAAAAACAAAUAUUUCUCUCAUUUAUUUAAAUGUAUUAAUUUUUAACAUACAUAAGUUUAAAGAUAGGUUUUUAUUUGACAAUUGCUGUUUUAACUAUAAUUUAAUACUCGGUUCAACUCAAUUUAUUUGGUUUUAUCUUUUUGCAAAUUUUUUGCUUAUUUGUAGACAACUAAGUGGCGGAAAUUAUUUUAUCUCAGCAGAACAAGUAUUGAACAGUUUGCACCUUCAGCGGUUAAAAUUAUUCAGAAAAAUAGUUUCUUUGGAUGAAACUGACAUUCAUUGCUUAGGCAUACAUUCAGACUGUUACACCAUGGAUCUAAUGGAAGAGGAUAUUAUUUAUUUAGAUGAAUGUUUAAUUAAUGCAGACAAUAAAUCUAUUGAAGAUCAGGAGAAUGCUGCCCUUUUUUUUAUGGCUGGUUAUGUACAGCACAAGAUUUAUCCGCAGCGUGUAGUUGAUACAACAACAUCACAAUCAGCUAGUUCUGAAUUUACAGAUUAUGUUUCACGUGGUAAAUUGCAUUAUCCUGGUGAUACUCUUCUCCAGUUUAUUUGUGUUUGUUAUCUACAGUUUAACAGCGUUCCAAUAUCUGAAAAACGUUUUCAAUGUGUUGUUUAUUUAAAGAAAUUAUUUUUAUUCUUGCAUUCAACAUUACUAUUUGAGUAAGAAACAGACAGUUUAGGUAUUGCAAAAGUUAUCUCGAUAAUAUCUAACUGUUUCUUGAAAGGUGUUCCGACCCUUGAUAAUACAUCUGAUAUUGUUUCAUUAAGCAUUGAGGACAGAAAAAGAAAGAAACUCAAUACUUAGUGGUCUGAUUAUUUAGUUGACGUUGGUGAUAUAAUUAAUAACGUUUUGAAAUGUAUUUAUGGCUUUAUAUUUAUAUGGUUUAAAAUUUAUUUAUAAUUAUAUAUUUAUUAUUAUGAUAUGAAUAUAAUAUAGUAUAAUAAGUAGUGAUUAAUUAGUUUAUUAACA